AUGAAGCAUCGAGUGGCUUUCCGUAAGCUCAGCCGCACUUCGGCACAUCGCCAAGCGAUGCUGCGUACCAUGGUAACGCAACUUAUUGAACACGAGCGGAUUCGGACAACACUUCCGAAAGCCAAAGAAUUGCGUCGCGUGGCUGAUAAGGUGGUUACAUUGGCCAAGCAAGGUGACGAUCCUGCCCGUAAACGUGCUCAGAGUAUCAUUCGUACACCUGAAGCUCUUAACAAGCUCUUUGACAUCGUGGGUCCUCGUUAUGCAUUACGUGAGGGUGGGUACACUCGUAUUCUAAAAGCCGAUUUUCGAAAGGGUGACGGUGCUGAGAUGGCGGUGAUUGAAUAUAUAGACCGCCCUGGAGAGAUGCGAAAGGCCAAGCCACCAACUGGAAUUGACGGUGCUCGCGCGGUCUUUGAAGCCCAGGUUACAGCUGCUGAGUAA